AUGCCACUCAGAACAUCACGCAGAUUGCUCCACCUCGAUCCACAAUCCACCGAGGAGGAUUUAGAUCUGUUGGGGCUCGACAAGCAGCUCAAUAUUGUAACUCCGAGGAAGAAUAAUAGACGGCAGCCACAUCCGCCCAACGGAGAUACCACAGAGGAGGAGGAUGAGGCUGUUAGUGAUGCACAUGCACAUGCUGCUACUAAUACUGCCACAAUCACUCAACCAUCUUCACAAUCACCUUCUCCAAAACGGAAAUAUAGACAAAAACAGAGACACAGUCGUUCAGAAAAUACACAACCUGGCACUGGUAAUGACACUGGCAAUGACACCACCACAGACACAGACACAGACGCACCUAAUCUAAUCAAGAAACAAAUCACUCCAGAGAAGAAGAAACGUGGUGACAGUGUCAGCACUGCCAACAACACGCACACGCACACACGCACAUUGCGUAACUCUCAUUCAACUACCUCAACUCAAUCAACUCACCUCACUCACCCAUCCACUCGCGCUGCUCUUGCUCGCGAGAGUACCUUUGGCGAGAACAGAGACACAAAUAGAGACACAAACAAAGACACAAACAGAGAUAACUCAGGUGUCUUUAAAACACCCAGCAAAACACCAAAAACACCCUCCAGAACAACACGCAAUUCCCUCAAAAAGCAGGACACCUUCGAUGAAUACAUCCAGCAGCCCAAGACGCUUUUCAAGGAGCUGGCGGGAAGUGUAGAGACGGAAACAGCGACUCACACUCCCUCUCACUCCCGCUCCACCCCUCUCCUGCGCCAAGACACACUCAACACGCUCAGCCAACCCAGCAACAUAUAUGCAACAGCGCGCAACGCCAUCCGCAGUAUGAACGCAGCAUCUGAUAGUGACGAACUGGUUGGACGCGAUGAGGAAAUACGUACGAUACGCAACUUUAUCGAUCCUGCCUCCCCACACUCCUCCCUAUAUGUCUCAGGACCGCCAGGAGGAGGUAAGACUGCAGCUGUGCGCGGGGAUGGGCUGUUAGAAGAGGUGAUGAGUGUGGGUGUGAGUAUGGAUAGGAAGAGCGAUAAAGAUAAAGACCAACCGAGACUGGUUAUCCUUGACGAAAUCGACACUCUCGCACACGAGCAUCUCCUCAAGCUCUUCCAGCUCUUCCAGAAUCAGAACUCGAGCCACACGAAGCUGAUAGGGAUAGCGAAUGCACUUGAUCUGACGAGCAACCAGCUGCAGAACCUAGCGCACCCACCAGUACAUCUCCAAGUACACGCGUACACCUCGGCGCAGUUGGCGGCGAUAGUUGAUGCGCGUCUUGGAGUAUAUCGCCAGCUGUUCAUCUCCCAAGCGCUCGAGCUGCUUGGGCGGAAAGUGGGCGCGCAAACGGGGGACCUCCGUCAAGUGAUUUCGGUGCUAACGCUUGCACUCGACAGUGUAGAGAAGGAGCAGCGGCGGAGUAAGGGAGUGGAGGGUGUAUCUCAACUGACGUUGGAGGAUGCCCCGCGUGUAACGAUGCCUGUGAUGCUAAAGAGCAUCUCUGUGCGCGUCACCUCCGCCCAGAAAACCAGUCGCGGUGGCAAACUGGCUGGUCUCAAUCUAUAUGCGCGCAUCGCGCUGCUGUGCGUUAUGCUCACUAUGAAACGCAGAUCUAAGCUCAGAAGCCGCGUCGGACUGUACGAACAUUACUGCACCCUCCUGCGCACCCACUCCACUCUCAACCCGACAACCAAAUCUGACUUUAUUGAUCUCGUCAAUGUCCUCGUUAGCGCUAGUAUCGUCGUCGAACUCGCUGCUCCGUUCGAUCAGAAUAGGAAUGCUAGUGACGCCUUACUAGGCACUCCUAGCAAACGCGCUCGUAAUAGAGCUGUUGCUGCUGCUAGCGAACCGGAAUUCGGUUUGCAGUAUAGCGAGCAUGAACUCAUACGCUUGUUGGGCGUCGCUGAUGAACAGCAUACCCUCGAUGAUCCUCUCCUCGAACAAUUGAAACGUGUCUAUUGGGGUGAGUGUAGACGUAUCGAUGCCGAAGCUGUAAGGUUGGAGUGGAGUAAGAGAACACCGCUUGGUGAGAAUAACAAAAAUACACCAGUAGAUGUUUUCGUUUAG